GCACCCACUACCCCCCCCCAACCCGCACCCACUACCCCCCCCCAACCCGCACCCACUACCCCCCCCCAACCCGCACCCACUACCCCCCCCCAACCCGCACCCACUACCCCCCCCCAACCCGCACCCACUACCCCCCCCCAACCCGCACCCACUACCCCCCCCAACCCGACCCACUCCCCCCCCCCAACCCGCACCCACUACCCCCCCCAACCCGCACCCACUCCCCCCCAUCCCGCACCCACUACCCCCCCCCAACCCGCACCCACUACGCCCCCCCAACCCGCACCCACUACCCCCCCCAACCCGCACCCACUACCCCCCCCCCCACCCGCACCCACUACCCCCCCCCAACCCGCACCCACUACCCCCCCCAACCCGCACCCACUACCCCCACCCACCCGCACCCACUCCCCCCACCCACCCGCACCCACUACCACCCCCCCCCAACCCGCACCCACUACCCCCCCCCAACCCGCACCCACUACCCCCCAACCCGCACCCACUACCCCCCCCCAACCCGCACCCACUACCCCCCCCAACCCGCACCCACUACCCCCCCCCCAACCCGCACCCACUACCCCCCCCAACCCGCACCCACUACCCCCCCAACCUGCACCCACUACCCCCCACCCACCCGCACCCACUACCCCCACCCACCCGCACCCACUCCCCCCACCCACCCGCACCCACUACCCCCACCCACCCGCACCCACUCCCCCCCCACCCACCCGCACCCACUCCCCCCACCCACCCGCACCCACUACCCCCACCCACCCGCACCCACUCCCCCCCACCCACCCCGCACCCACUCCCCCACCCACCCGCACCCACUCCCCCCACCCACCCGCACCCACCCCCCCCCAACCCGCACCCACUCCCCCCCCCCAACCCGCACCCACUACCCCCCCCCAACCCGCACCCACUACCCCCCCCAACCCGCACCCACUACCCCCCACCCAACCCGCACCCACUACCCCCCCCAACCCGCACCCACUACCCCCCCCAACCCGCACCCACUACCCCCACCCACCCGCACCCACUCCCCCCACCCAACCCGCACCCACUACCCCCCCCCAACCCGCACCCACUACCCCCCCCCAACCCGCACCCACUACCCCCCCCAACCCGCACCCACUACCCCCCCCAACCCGCACCCACUACCCCCCCCCAACCCGCACCCACUACCCCCACCCACCCGCACCCACUCCCCCCACCCACCCGCACCCACUACCCCCACCCACCCGCACCCACUCCCCCCACCCACCCGCACCCACUACCCCCACCCAAUCCGCACCCACUCACCCCCCCCAACCCGCACCCACU